UUGGACUGUUUGCUUUUGGAGUACCUCGCCAUCGCCGCCCUCUCCAAACUCCAACUUUCCAAAUCAGAAGCGCAGCCCCGAUCGCCAACUCUUUCAACCUCUCUGGCCCUCCACCCUGAGCCAAGAUGUCCAAGAAGGCCCCGAGCCGACUGGGCGGCCAAGAAGCUGGUGUGGAUCCCGUCAGAGAAGCACGGCUUCGAGGCGGCCAGCGUCAAAGAGGAGCGCGGCGAGGAGGCGCUGGUGGAGCUGGCCGACAAUGGCAAGAAGCUGACGGUCAACAAGGACGACAUCCAGAAGAUGAACCCGCCCAAGUUCAGCAAGGUGGAGGACAUGGCCGAGCUCACCUGCCUGAACGAGGCCUCCGUGCUGCACAACAUCCGCGAGCGCUACUUCUCUGGGCUCAUUUAUACGUACUCCGGCCUGUUCUGUGUGGUGGUCAACCCCUACAAAAUGCUGCCCAUCUACUCUGAGAAGAUUAUCGACAUGUACAAAGGAAAGAAGCGACACGAAGUCCCCCCACAUAUCUACUCCAUAGCCGACAACGCCUACAGAAACAUGAUGCAAGAUCGUGAGGACCAGUCCAUUCUUUGCACAGGGGAGUCUGGUGCCGGGAAGACUGAGAACACCAAAAAAGUCAUCCAGUAUCUGGCUGUUGUGGCCUCCUCUCACAAAGGCAAGAAGGACAGCAGCGCUCAACAAUCAGGAUCACAGUUUGCCUACGGGGAGCUAGAGAAGCAGCUCCUGCAAGCCAAUCCCAUCCUGGAGGCAUUCGGAAAUGCUAAAACCAUUAAAAAUGACAACUCCUCUCGAUUUGGAAAAUUCAUCCGAAUCAACUUUGAUGUAACUGGCUACAUUGUUGGAGCCAACAUUGAAACCUACCUGUUGGAGAAGUCUCGCUGUAUCCGACAGGCAAAGACGGAAAGAGCCUUUCACAUCUUCUACUACAUGAUAGCUGGUGCCAAGGACAAACUGCGUGAGGAGCUUCUUCUGGAACCCUUCAGUAACUACCGCUUCCUGAGUGCGGGCCAUGUUCAGAUUUCUGGUCAGGAAGAUGAUGAGCUGUAUGAGGAGACCAUGGAGGCCAUGAACAUCAUGGGCUUCACCGAGGAGGAGAGAGCUGACAUACUGAAGGUCUGCUCAACGGUCAUGCAGCUGGGAAACAUCGAGUUCAAGAAAGAGCGGAACCAGGAGCAGGCCACCAUGCCCGACAACACUGCGGCCCAGAAGGUGUGUCACCUGCAGGGCAUCAAUGUGACCGACUUUACCCGGGCCAUUCUCACCCCUCGUAUCAAAGUGGGCAGAGAAGUGGUGCAGAAGGCACAGACCAAAGAGCAGGCUGACUUUGCCACUGAAGCCUUGGCUAAGGCGAUUUUCGAGCGGUUGUUCCGCUGGAUCCUGGGCCGUGUCAAUAAAGCCCUGGACAAGACCAAACGUCAGGGAGCCUCCUUCCUGGGAAUCCUAGACAUUGCUGGGUUUGAGAUCUUUGAGGAUAACUCCUUUGAGCAGCUCUGCAUCAACUACACCAACGAGAAGCUGCAGCAACUCUUCAACCACACUAUGUUCAUCCUGGAGCAGGAAGAGUACCAGAGGGAGGGUAUCGAGUGGAACUUCAUCGACUUCGGCCUUGACCUGCAGCCAUGCAUCGAGCUCAUCGAGAGGCCGAACAACCCCCCUGGUAUCCUGGCCCUGCUGGAUGAGGAGUGCUGGUUCCCCAAAGCCACAGAUGUCUCUUUUGUCGAGAAACUUAUGAACACACAGGGGAACCACAUGAAGUUUGCCAAACCCAAGCAGCUUAAGGACAAAACGGAGUUCUCCGUUCUUCAUUAUGCCGGGAAGGUAGACUACAACGCAUCAGCUUGGCUGACAAAGAACAUGGACCCUCUGAAUGACAACAUCACAUCGCUUCUCAGCAAUUCCUCCAGUCAGUUUGUGCAAGACCUCUGGAAAGAUGCGGACAGAGUGGUGGGUCUUGACACAAUCGCUAAGAUGACAGACAGCUCGAUGCCAAGUGCCUCAAAGACCAAGAAAGGCAUGUUCCGCACAGUAGGACAGCUCUACAAGGAAUCUCUGGCAAAACUCAUGACCACACUGCACAACACCCAGCCGAACUUCGUCAGAUGCAUCAUCCCCAACCACGAGAAGAGGGCAGGGAAACUGGACGCUCACCUCGUCCUGGAGCAGCUGAGGUGCAACGGAGUGUUGGAGGGGAUCCGAAUCUGCCGACAAGGUUUUCCCAACAGAAUCGUCUUCCAGGAGUUUCGCCAACGAUACGAGAUUUUGGCAGCAAGUGCCAUUCCUAAGGGUUUCAUGGAUGGCAAGCAGGCAUGCUGCCUCAUGAUAAAGCACCUGGAUUUGGACCCCAACCUGUACAGGAUUGGGCAGAGUAAAAUCUUCUUCCGCACGGGAGUUCUCGCCCAGCUGGAGGAGGAGAGGGAUUUGAAGAUCACCGUGAUCAUCAUCGCUUUCCAGGCACAAGCCAGAGGCUUCCUGGCUAGAAAGGCUUUUGCCAAGAGACAACAGCAGCUGACAGCCAUGAAAGUCAUCCAGAGGAACUGCGCUGCAUACCUCAAACUGAGAAACUGGCAGUGGUGGAGACUCUUCACAAAGGUCAAACCUCUGCUGCAAGUGACCCGACAGGAGGAGGAGAUGAGUCUAAAAGAUGAAGAGCUGCAAAAAGCCAAAGAGGUGGCUACAAAGUUCGAGUCGGAGCUGAAAGAAGUCUCCAUGAAACACACUCAGAUUGUUGAGGAGAGGAAUGCUCUCCAGGAGCAGCUUCAGGCAGAGACGGAGCUGUACGCAGAGGCUGAGGAGAUGAGGGUCCGUCUUGCUGCUAAGAAACAGGAGCUGGAGGAGAUCUUGCAUGAGAUGGAGGCGCGGUUGGAUGAGGAGGAGGAGCGCGCUCAGUCCCUGCUGCUGGAGAAGAAGAAAAUGCAACAACAGAUGCAGGAACUUGAGGAGCAUUUGGAAGAGGAGGAGGAUGCCCGUCAAAAGCUGCAGCUGGAGAAGGUCACCUGUGAGGGAAAGAUUAAAAAGUUGGAGGAGGAUGUUCUGGUUAUGGAAGACCAAAACAACAAACUUCUUAAGGAGCGUAAGCUGAUGGAGGAACGAAUUGCCGACUUCAGUGCCACCCUGGCAGAGGAGGAGGAGAAAUCCAAGAACCUCACUAAGCUCAAAAACAAACAUGAAUCCAUGAUUUCCGAUUUAGAAGUUCGCUUGAAGAAAGAGGAGAAGUCUCGCCAGGAGCUGGAUAAAGCAAAGCGGAAGUUGGAAGCAGAGUCUAAUGACCUACAAGAGCAGAUAGCUGACCUGCAGGCCCAGAUCGCUGAGCUCAAAGCUCAGCUUGCAAAGAAGGAGGAGGAGUUACAGAACGCCUUGGCAAGAUUAGAAGAUGAGACAGCCCAAAAAACCAAUGCUCUGAAGAAGAUCAGAGAGCUGGAAGGACACAUCUCCGACCUGCAGGAAGACCUGGACUCUGAACGAGCAGCCAGAAACAAAGCAGAGAAGAUCAAACGAGACCUCGGAGAGGAGCUGGAGGCCCUGAAGUCUGAGUUGGAGGACACCCUGGACACCACUGCCACACAGCAGGAGCUACGAGCCAAACGCGAGCAGGAGGUGAACCUGCUGAAGAGAGCCAUUGAGGACGAAAACCGCACACAUGAGGCUCAGAUUCACGAGAUGAGACAGAAACACACCCAGGCUGUGGAGGAGCUCAGUGAGCAGCUGGAGCAAUCUAAACGAGUGAAGACAAACCUGGAGAAGGCUAAACAAGCUCUGGAUAAGGAAACAUCUGAAUUAACCAUGGAGGUGCGCUCACUGGUUCAGGCCAAACAAGACGGGGAGAACAAAAGAAAGAAGCUGGAAGUUCAAGUGGCAGAUCUGCAGUCACGCUUCAAUGACAGCGAGAAGCAGAAGGCGGAGCUGGGCGAGCGCUGCUCCAAGAUGAAUGUUGAACUGGAGAGCGUGACAAACCUGCUCAAUGAAGCUGAGGGCAAGAACAUCAAACUGAGCAAAGAUGUCACCAGUCUCUCCUCUCAACUCCAAGAUACACAGGAGCUACUGGCCGAGGAGACGCGCCAGAAACUGCAGUUCUCCACGAAGCUGCGACAAGCAGAAGAUGAUAAGAACAGCCUACAGGAGCAGCUUGAAGAGGAGAUGGAGGCCAAGAGGAAUGUGGAGAGACAUGUGUCCACUCUCAACAUCCAGUUAUCAGAUUCAAAGAAGAAGCUGGAUGAAUUGUCAGGAAACAUUGAGCUCUUGGAGGAGGGGAAGAAACGCCUGCAGAGAGAUUUGGAGGCAGCCAACACUCAGUUUGAAGAGAAGGCUUCAGCAUAUGACAAGCUGGAGAAAACCAAAAACCGCCUGCAGCAGGAGCUGGAGGACACGCUGAUGGACUUGGACAGCCAGCGGCAGAUUGUGUCAAACCUCGAGAAGAAGCAGAAGAAGUUCGAUCAGAUGCUGGCUGAGGAGAAGAGUAUCUCAAAUAAGUAUGCAGAUGAGCGAGACCGUGCAGAAGCUGAGGCCAGAGAGAAGGAGACCAAAGCGUUGUCUCUGGCGAGGGCUCUGGAGGAGGCCCAGGAUGGCAGAGAAGAGCUGGAGAGGGCAAACAAGGCCCUGAAGCUGGAGAUGGAGGACUUGAUCAGCUCGAAGGAUGACGUUGGAAAGAAUGUGCACGAGCUGGAGAAGUCCAAACGAGGCCUGGAGGCCCAGGUGGAGGAGAUGAAGACCCAGCUGGAGGAGCUGGAAGACGAGUUGCAGGCGGCCGAGGAUGCCAAGCUGCGUCUGGAGGUCAACAUGCAGGCCCUGAAAGCCCAGUUCGAAAGAGACCUCCAGGGCCGGGAUGAAAUGGGAGAGGAGAAAAAGAGACAGCUGGUCAAGCAGGUCCGUGAGCUGGAGACGGAGCUGGAGGAUGAACGCAAACAGAGGACUCUGGCAGCAGCGGCCAAGAAAAAGCUUGAAACGGACAUGAAGGAUCUGGAAGGCCAGAUUGAAACGGCCAAUAAGGGGCGAGACGAAGCCAUCAAGCAGCUCCGCAAACUCCAGGCCCAGAUGAAGGACUACCAGAGGGAGCUGGAGGAUGCCCGUGCUGCCCGGGAGGAGGUGCUGACCACUGCAAAGGAGAGUGAGAGGAAGGCCAAGAGUCUGGAAGCUGAGCUCAUGCAGUUGCAGGAGGACCUGGCCGCCGCUGAAAGGGCGCGGAAACAAGCCGAGGCUGAAAGAGAUGAACUACAUGAUGAGCUGGCAAGCAAUUCCUCUGGAAAGUCAGCCCUGGCAGAUGAGAAGCGUCGCCUGGAGGCCAAGAUCUCGCAGUUGGAGGAGGAGCUGGAAGAGGAACAGAGCAACAUGGAAAUCCUCAAUGACAGGCUGAGGAAGAGCUCUCAGCAGGUGGAUCAGUUGAACGCUGAGCUGCAGUCUGAGCGCACCACUUCCCAGAAGAACGAGAGCGCCCGGCAGCAGAUGGAGCGCCAGAACAAGGAGCUGAAGGCCAAGCUCCAGGAGAUGGAGAACCAGGUCAAGUCAAAGUUCAAGUCCUCCAUCUCCGCUCUGGAGGCUAAGGUGGCACAGCUGGAGGAGCAACUGGAGCAGGAGAGCAGGGAUAAGCAGACAACUGCCAAGAGUUUGCGCCAGAAGGACAAGAAGCUCAAAGACCUUAUAAUGCAGGUGGAGGAUGAAAGAAAGCAGGGGGAGCAGUACAAAGACCAGGCGGAAAAGGCCAAUUCUCGCAUGAAGCAGCUGAAGCGGCAGCUGGAGGAGUCGGAGGAGGAGUCCCAGCGUGCGACGGCCGCCCGCAGGAAGCUGCAGCGAGAGCUGGAUGAAGCCACCGAGGCCAACGACGCCAUGAGCCGCGAGGUCAACUCUCUCAAGAGCAAACUCAGGCGUGGAAACGAGCCCUCCUUUGGCAGCACGCCGCGGCGCAUGGGCGGAGGCCGCAGGGUGGUGGAGGAUGCCUCGGAGGAGGAAGCCGACUCCCAGAUGGACUUCAACGGAACCAAGUCCUCGGAGUGA